AUGGCGCUGACAAUGCGGCACAGAGUUCCAUUUCUGAUGCCACUGCUGCUGCUGCUGCUGAUGGUGGGCAUGGCAAAAACUCGCGCCGAACUGGACCCUUUGUCGGUUUCUGAACCAAGCAGUCGAAUCGACGAUGUUGCGCAGCCGGCGCGGGCUCGUAUCAAAGCUAAAACGGAAAACGUGUCCAGCGCCGGCGACAGCUUCAACAUACGUCACGGUCGCUCGCGGGCGCACAUGCUGCACAGCAGCAAUAGCAACAGCAACAACUACAGCAACAACAACAACAAAAAGAGCAACAGCACGCGCUUGGCGCUGGUCAGCGAUGCGGCAACAUUACCAUUACCAUUGCCAACGCCGACAGCCGCGCCCACACAGCAGCCGGGCGAAGGCGGUCUAAUUGGAGCAGCCGUCACGCAUAAAAUACGCAAAUUGCACAAGAAGAAAAUCAAUGAGAGCAUACGCAAAAGCGUAGACCAGAGCCUGGGCAUAGUGCGACCGGUAAAGAAUCAUCGCAGCCUGGCCGAGGCCGAGCAUCUGCAGGGCCGGCCCACCGAUGUGGAUGACACGGCGGCUGCAGCGCUCAGCGAGGUUAUGCAGUUGGCGGACGAGAUUGAUUUGGAAAACUCAUUAGAGUCAGCUUACCAGAAUGUUGUCGUUGGCUUGAGCGACAAGGAGUCAAGGGCGCCGGUCAUCGAGCCAGCCACGGCCCCUGCCACAGUGCGGGGCACAGGUGCUGUCAAGGACAACGGGGCCAAGGGUGGCAUCGGUAUCGCAGCUGGCCGGCAAUUUGUGCGUGCCAACAGUGAUGAUGGCAAUUAUGAGGAUAGCGCUGAGGACGAGGAUGAGCUGUCAACCACGCCAAUGGCAACAUUUGCGCCUCGUCAUUCGGCCGCAAAUGGCCCGAGAACGAGCAGUGGAGCCAACACGUUCGAGUCUAGCGAGGCGGAUUACCAGCUCGAGGGCUCGAAUGGAAACACUGAAAAUGAAAACGAAAGCGAAGCUGGUGACGACGUCGAUGACAACGACGAUGCGACGGAAGCUUUCCACGAGGGCAGCAAUAGCACAGAGUACGCCAUUGGCGUCUGGCCGGAAACUGAGGCAGAGGUGCGCUCCCAGGCCAGCACAAGCCCACAUGAUAGUGAGGGCAUGGAAAUUAAACAGAUAAACUUCAACUUCGGCUCGGAGUCGGAGUUGGAAUUGGAGCUAGAGGCGGAGGGUGAGCCAGUGCUGGAUACUUCAGAGGUUACCAUGGAUGAUGGCUAUCCGCCCGAGGUGCUGAUUGAUGACAACACCAAGCCACUGGUCAUUGACGAUGUGGAGGGCGAUGGCGUUAAUUCCAAUCAAAUAACGGCCGAUGUGAUAAAUGCGCGCGAUAAUAAAAUUGACCUGGUAUCCAAGUUUUUACAAUAUAUCGAACAGCAGCAUUUGAUGGGUUCCAAUUGUGUGGCCGGCACCUCGCUCAAUCUUGGCGAGGGUGUGGUCGACCGUUAUGCACAGGAUCGAUUUCGUGUCGAGGCCGAGGUGGCCGUCAAUCGCGCCAACAUGCUGACCAGAAUCUUCAAGACGACGGCACAUUCGGUGCAGGAAGAUGUCAACUUGCUGCACGCCUCGGUCCUGUCCAUGGUGGAGUUUGACGAUGAUAUAUUCGCGGCGGGCAAUUGCUUUGAUUGGAAUGAGCAUCCAGCGCAGCCGGGACUAUUCUGCCCGUUUGCGUAUCGACUGCCGCCACCGAAUCUGGGCGCCAUAUUUGCCAAAGACCUGGCCAUGGAGUAUCAUUAUCUGGGCAACACAUCCGAAUGGUUCUUUCUCGCACGCAAGAACGCCGAGAAGGUGAUAGCACGCAACGAGCAAUACCUGAAAUCCUUCCACCUGUACUCGAACCGAACCGAAGAACGCGUCGAGGACGAUACGCUGGCCGUGAAGUACGAGGAUGGCAGAUGGUCAAAGCCAUAUUACGACUGCGGCGGUGGCAACAUUUGGAUGCUAACGUACACGGUGCCAUUCUUUGGCUAUGAGAAUGGCAGCUAUCACUUCAAGGGCACAUCUGGCAUUGAUAUUGACUUGCGACGCGUGGACAUCGACCAAUGCCCGCAGCGGCAUACACCCGGCACGAAACGGCCGCUGAACAUUUUUGCCGGCACCGACAAGUGUAAACAGCGCACCACAAUGUGCGAGCCGAUUAUGGGUCUGGGCUUUCGGCGGGGCUCCUACAAAUGCCUGUGCCGCAAGGGCUUUUACUUUCCCGACGUCGCCUCGCUGCACAAGUUCUUUAAUGGCAGCCUGCUUGAGGAGGAGUACGAGAAACUGAUGCUGGGCAAGAACUCAACGUAUAAUAGCAACAACGAAUACGAAUGCCAGCCCUGUGCCGAGGGCUGUGACUCCUGUGAAGAUGCCUCGCCCUGCAUUGCGGCCCUCAAUUGGCCCAUGCGCACCAGCAUCCUGGCGCUGGCGUGCAUCGUCAUCGGCCUGCUGCCACCGGCCGCCUGGUUCACAUUUCGCUAUCAACAAGUCAAGGUUGUGCGCGCCGCUAGUCCAGCUCUUUUACGGGUCAUCGCACUGGGCGCCUUCUUUAUCUACUGCACGAACAUUGUAAUGUACCCGAAUCCGAAUCUCUACACAUGCACCGCACGCAUCUGGCUGCGCGAGAUUGGCUUCUCCCUAACCUACGGUGCACUGAUGCUAAAAACCUGGCGCAUCUCGGUGAUAUUCCGCGUGCGCUCCGCGAAGGCUGUCAAAAUAACAGAUGCGGCGCUGCUCAAGCGCCUGGGCAUAAUCUGCGGUGCCAUUGGGACAUGUUUGCUGGUCCGGACUUUAGUAUCGCCACCGGACGUUGUCGUCGGACGCACUGCGGAUGACCUCAAAGCGUUUCUAUGCAAAACCGAUUGGUGGGACUAUACAUUUACAUCGAUGGAAGUAUUAUUCUUGGCCUGGGGCGUCCGACUCUGUAUCAUGGUGCGGAAGGCUCCCUCGGAAUUCAACGAGAGCCGUUUCAUAUCAAUGGCCAUAUACAACGAGUUUCUGCUCACCUGCUUCCUCAACGUGUCCAUGCUCUUCCUGCAGUCGCCGGCCAAUCCGGAUCUGCUCUAUAUCAUAUUCUUCUGCCACACACAGCUGACGGUGACCCUGCUGCUGGCUCUCAUUUUUGGCAGCAAGGUUUACAUUGUGCUACGCAGCGGGAAGUCGCAUCAGGAAAACAUUGGCAUGGGAGCCAAGGCAUCGGGUGCCAAAUUCAAUUUUCGACCACAAGUGCGCACCUUCGCCCAUCCCAGUUCGGUGACAACAUCAACGGCGCCUGCAGCUGGCACCACCUCGGCAGAAACCAAGCUGUCCGACCAGGAGGCCCUGGAGGAGAUUCGACAGCUGAGCAUGCAGCUGCAGCGCAUACAGGAAAUGGCGCCGCCCAAGGGCGUGGCUGUGAUGACCAUAUCGAGCCUGCUGGAUGGUCUCAAGACGCCAGGUGGCAUGAUGAUAGUCGCUGCCGCCGCCACGCAUGCGACCAGCGGCAGUGCGGCAACUGCCACGCGGCAAAGUGCGCUGCCGCUGCUUGCACUCAACGCCGAGAUGCAAAAGUACAGCCAGCAGCUGCAGCAGAACAACAAUGCCAAUGGCAGAGCUGCAGCCGCUGCGGCCGCUGCGCGUGGCAGCAUACCCACCAUGGUGCUGGAGACGCCGCCCUCGACGGCAACACCGACACCCACAGCUGCCUACGAGGAGCGCGCCACCAAUACGGAGCUGAGCGGCGAUGAUUUUCGUGAACAGCUGCUGCUGCGCCGCAGCGCCGACGGGCACAUCAUCUGCAGCCGCUGCCUGGACGCGUCCAGGGAGCACUACUAUUGCUGUCCGCCGCGCAGCGCCUGCGAGCAGCUGGGCUCCCCGCAGCAAGAGGGCAGCUUGAGCUUCGCCAAUAUCAAGCUGGACUGCAUGUGCUCCCAGUCGGAUGAUCUGGACCAGACGCAGAGGUCACAGCGACGACCCGCUGCCACGCGCACAGCAGCCACCAAUACGCCGCCCACCAGCUGUAAGCGUGGCGCCCGCAAUCUACUCGAAGCCGAGGUUAGCAUUUCGUAUCAAAUUUGUGAUAACUGUAGAAGUAAGUAUAGGCUUAACGAUAAGCCGGCCCCGGCCGGCAGAAGACGCAGCGGCAGCUGUACACAGGCCGAUCCACAGGCGCCGCCCACACAAACGAGAAGCAGCGAGCUGCUGGAUCGUACCGAGACGGUUGUCAGUUGUGUAGCUGUGGCCAAAGUGGCACGCUCCACAGAUGACAUAGCCCUGUAUACGAGCAACAUCUUGGCAUUGGCAGCGGGUGGGGCCGGUGGAGACAGCGACAGUCAGCCGAUGGCACAGCCAUCGGCAGAGGCGACCAUGUCGCUGGGCAACGUGUCCAACGCAUCAAACAAUUCCACUAGCCAAACGGACAAGACGAGCGGCAGCGGUACGAGUCGACCCAAGCGACCCGACAAGCUGAUGCUCGACCUGAACGAUCGGUCCAAAUACACCAAGGAGGUUUCUGUAUAGGGCGAGGCGUGUUCUUUGAUCGCAAAUCGGUAAAUGAUUAUGUUAAUGGAAAUUAAAUAACAAAAGACUUUAUGAAAUUUAAUUGUAUUAAUAU